AUGAUGGACGACAUGAACAUGUCGAUGAGCUCGUGGCAGCCGACAAACAUGAGUCUGGCCCGGAUAUAUUGGUACAUCAUCGCCGGCAUCGUGGGAAUGCUAAUGGUUGUCCGUGGAGUCAACUACUACCAGAACUCUUUGAGACUACGCACGCUUGCAUCCAGCUCCCAGCAGUUCCCGACAAAGCCUGCCAAUGGCUUCCUGCAGGCGUGGGCAACUCUCACGGCAGUCGGCCGUGAGGUCAGCUACCCGCAGCUGUACGUCCCUGUGCGCUACCUUGGCUGGCUGACCCCCCCGCCAGCUGGCCGGGUCCUCAUCCUGCUCGUCUACUGGUCCGUCAUCAUCGGCUUCAUGACGGCCGGCUCCAUCGUCAAAGACGUCAACUUCUGGGAACGCAUCGGCUUCCGCAACGCCUGGGUCACGGUGACGCAGCUGCCACUCCUCUACCUGCUCGCCGGCAAGUCGUCUGUCAUCGGCACGCUGACCGGCUCGUCGCACGAGCGCCUCAACUGGCUGCAUCGCUGGGUCGCCCGGACGAUGUUCGUUACCGCCUCCGUCCACGGCUGGCACUUUUACUCGGAGUAUGCCAUCGCCGACAUGACCAACCUCUUCUUCGAGACCAUGCCCAUGGGCAAGUACGGCGUCGCCGCUUGGGCCCUGCUGCUCUGGGCUUUCAUCUCUGGUAUCGCACCGCUGCGCCACCUCUGCUACGAGUUUUUUGUCGUCCAGCACAUCGCCACCGCCGCCUUGCUUUUGUGGGUCGUCUAUGUCCACGUGCCCUCGUACGCCCGCUACAACGUCUGGUUUGCCAUCGCCGCCCUGUGCCUCGACCGGCUCGUCCGGCUCAUCCUGCUCGUGUGGCAGAACGUCAAGGCUCGGCCGAACCCGUCUCGCUGCAAGGGCGGACAGCGCAUCGGCCACCAGGCCCAGAUCCGUGCCGUCGGCGACGACAUCACCGUUGUCACCAUCAAAGAUGUCCACUUUCGCUGGGCCGCCGGCCAGCACGUCUAUCUUUGGAUGCCUACUCUCGCUCCCCUGGAGCAGCACCCUUACACCGUCGCCUGUGCCCACCAGCUACCCGGCACCUGCAUCUGCAACAGCAUCCAGCUCGUCGUCCGCAAGCACGCCGGCUUUUCCAAGCGGCUACACGACCGUGCUGCAGCGCUGCAGGCAUCCGAGAAGAAGACCACCUUCACCGCCUUUCUCACCGGCCCCUACGGCGCUCCGCCUCGGUCGGACAUCUACGAGACGCUCAUCUUGAUCUCCGCCUCGACCGGCGCAUCCUUCACCCUGCCCAUCCUCGAGAGCGUCCUGCAGGCAAGACAGGCCGUCUGCACCAAGCGCGUCGACUUUCUUCUGUCGGCCAAGAAGGGUGACGAGAUCGACUAUUACGUCCGCCGGCUGCACGAGCUGAUCGAGAUCGCAACGGGCGUGGGCAUCGAGCUCAGCGUGUACAUUGCCGUGACCAGCGACCCCAAUCACAAGUCGCGGCUGGCUGCUGAUGCUACACCCCAGGAGAGAGACCAACCCGUUGCUUACAGCAGUUCGGCAUCCUCAAGGGAAACAAGUCCGGGGUCGGAUGGAAACAGAAGCACCCCCGCAAAAGCAAAGCUGCUGCAGUCAACCGACAUUGAGAAGACAGCUAUGCAGUGCUGCACGAAACGGCAGCGCAACGUCAGAACGAUCAGCGCCGAAUCGCGUGUGUACCAGCUGGACAGCCGUCCUGACAUCGACGCCUUCAUCCGAGACGCAGUGGUGUCUACGGGCGGAGAAACGUCGGUGGUUGUGUGCGGCGGUAAGUCUCUGGUCGCAAAGACAAGAAACAGCGUUGCCCGGCUCUCGGACGAGCGCGCUGUGCACAAGGGAACGGGCGCCCAGGGGAUUCAUCUGCAUGUCGAGGAGUACGGGUUUUGA